GAGCUAUUCGUAUCUGUUCCAUACGCCAAGGGUGUUUCAACGAAUCUCGCAGAUGGGAAACGAGCCAUCGUACACCAAUUCAACCUGACUUAUCGCGUGUCCGCGUACCUUAGAAGUCUGCGACCGCCCGACGAGCCCUUACCACUGGAGCCAACGCCUCAGCAACCAACCGCAAGGGCGACACUUCUCUUCGCCUACUACCACAAACGCAGCGGUUGUGAAAGCUAUAAGGGAAUUGACAACUGGCAGUCGACGACACGCCUUGGCUUUGACAAGAGCAAUAGCUUGAUUGCAGUCGUUAGGCAUGGCGUCACCUCGGUAGAGAAGGGCGACAGCCAUAUACUUGCAAUUGUGAGGAUCGCAGACAACUAUGUGGUUCCCGGGGUCAAAGCCGGCCAGACAAUUAGUAUAAAAUGA